CACACACACUAUAUACACGCGCGCGCACACGCACACACACACACACAAUAUAUAUACACAAUAAGUAUAUAAAUAUUCCCGAUAUAUUAACCGGAAAAAAAAUUCAAUUAGUGCCGAAACAAUUAGCGAAACGCCAACCUCUCUUACGCGCUCUACACGCCGCACUCGCUUCUCCGCCGCGCAUGCGCAGAGAGAGAGAGAGAGAGAGAGAGAGACUUUUCCAGUUAGACUCAGGAAACUAAAGUGGAGUUUGCAGUGUCUGCGUUACUCACAACACCAUAUUUGCCUGUACAUAGCUCAACAUUUCUCCUUUGUAAAGAUGGAUGAGUUUGACAUUAUUGAUGCUGCUGAUUUUGAAGAAAUUAAAAGGUCACUAGCCAAUGAAGAUCUGUCAUCAGCUGUUGACAAGAUUAAGGAUUACUUUGAACAACAAGACCGCGUGGAACUGAACAUUGCUGUAAUGGGAGAGUCUGGAUCUGGAAAGUCCACAUUUAUCAAUGCCUUCAGGGGUUUAGGGGAUGAAGAUGAAGGCUCUGCAGAAACUGGUGUUGUAGAGACCACUACAGAGCCGACUGCUUAUCCUCAUCCCAAAUUCCCAAAUGUCAAAUUAUGGGAUCUCCCUGGCAUUGGAACCCCAAGAUUCAAAGCUGAUGAAUAUCUCAAACAAGUUCAAUUUGAACGUUAUGAUUUUUUCAUCAUCAUAGCAUCAGAUCGUUUCAGAGAAUGCCACGCCAAUCUGGGAAAAGAGAUAAUAAGUAUGAAAAAAAAGUUUUAUUUUGUUCGCUCAAAGAUUGACAACAACAUUGAUGCUGAAAAACGGAAGAAGACAUUUAAUGAAGAAGAGACACUGAAGAAAAUCAGAGAGAACUGCAUUAAAGGGCUAGAAGAGAUUGGUCUAAAGUCUCCCACUGUCUUCCUCAUCUCUUGUUUCGAAUUCAAUUUCUAUGAUUUCAACCAUUUGGAGGAGACCAUGGAGAGGGAACUUCCCCAGCACAAGAGAGAUGUACUGAUCCUGGCCCUUCCAAACAUCACUCUGGAGAUCAAUGAGAGGAAAAAGAAGGCACUGCAGAGGAACAUAUGGAAGUUGGCUCUGCUCUCUGCCUCAGUUGCCGCUGUGCCGAUACCUGUUUUAAAUGCAGCUGCAUCAAUCAGUGCAGAUGUGGCCAUCUUGGUGGUAGAGCUUAAGAAAUAUUACAAUGCAUUCAGUUUGGACCCAGCUUCCUUACAGAGGCUUUCUGAGAGAUCAGGGAAGUCAGUAGAUCAGCUAAAAGCUGUGAUGACGUCUCCUCUAAAAGUAGAAAUAACCAAAGAUCUGGUUAUUAGGUUGCUGACAAGUUCAAGUCUUUUUUUUAAGUCUUUUUUUGUAGAAUCAGCAGCAGAAUACUUUCUGGGCUUUAUUCCUGUUGUGGGAUCUCUCAUGUCUGGAUCACUGUCUUUUGCUACUAUUUACAUCAUGCUGCAGCAUUGCCUUAAUGAGCUCGCUGAAGAUUCCCACAAUGUGCUCAUGGAAGCUUUGCAAACAGAAGUCUAACAAUUAAAGUCUAACAAUUAAAGCAGUGUGAUGUUCAAGCUCCAUCAUAAAAUCUUUUCACAAAAAAAUGCUAUUAGAAAUUGAAUUUAAAUUUUUAUUCAUUUUGUUUAAUUUCUCAUUAUCAGAUGGCUUGACAAGGUUCUCAAUAGGCACAAUG